AUGCCCUCCCAAACAGCCUUCAUCUCCGGCCCUAUCAACACCGGCCCCAACGAGACCUACUUCCACACACAUUACCCACCUCUCCUAACCGCCGCCAUCGCCCGCAACGACUCCUUCGUCCUGGGCCCACUCCCCUACGGCGUCGACUCCGACGCCCUCUCCUUCCUUCUGCAGUACCCCGUCCCUCCGACGCGAAUCACCGUAUUCGUGACCUCGCAGGAAGACAGUCUCUGGGGAUUGCAGUUGCGUGCGUUAGGGGUCAAUGUACAUGUUGUCGAGGGGAAUAGUACCCGUGAUCGGGACGCCGCUAUGACUGCCGCCAGUACGUAUGAUAUUUUGAGGAUUAGGACGGGGAAGGAAGCGAGGGAGAUGUAUGGGGAGUUGUGUAGGGAGGGGUAUCUGACGAAUACGGAGAGGAACUGGAGGAGGCGGAGGGGUAUCGGAGAGGAUGAGAAGGUGGAGGCGGAGGUGGUUAAUGGGGAUGUUAGGGCUGGGUUAGGUGUGAAGGAGAAGAAGAGGAGGUUUCUGGGGAAGGCUUUGGGGAGGUGA